CCGCGCGCCGCAGCCAUGGUGGCCGGCAUGCUCAUGCCGCUGGACCAGCUGCGCGCCAUCUACGAGGUGCUCUUCCGAGAGGGCGUGAUGGUGGCCAAGAAGGACCUGCGGCCGCGCAGCCCGCACCCCCACGUGCCCGGCGCCACCAACCUGCAGGUCCUGCGGGCCAUGGCCUCCCUGCGGGCGCGCGGGCUGGUGCGGGAGACCUUCGCCUGGCGCCACCUCUACUGGUACCUCACCGACGAGGGCGUCGUCCACCUGCGCCAGUACCUGCACCUGCCGCCGGAGAUCGUGCCGGCCUCCCUGCAGCGCGUGCGCCGCCCGGUCGCCAUGGCGACGCCUGCGCGCCGAGCCCAGCACGUGCAGGCCUUGCAGGGGCCCCUGGGCUGCCCCCCCAAGCGGGGCCCCCCGCUCGCGGCCGACCCUGCCCGUGAGGAGCGUCUUGGCUACCGCCGGAAGGAGCCGGAGGAGGGGACCCCGUUGCCCCCCGCGUCGCCCGCCCCCACCCCGGGGGCCCUGGCCAGGCCUGGCUCGGAGCUGGUACCACCCUCAGAUGAGCGGGACCGUGUGCAGAAGAAGACCUUCACCAAGUGGGUCAACAAGCACCUCAUCAAGGCCCAGAGGCACGUCAGUGACCUGUACGAAGACCUCCGUGAUGGCCACAACCUGCUCUCCCUGCUGGAGGUGCUCUCCGGGGACAGCCUGCCAAGAGAGCGGGACGUAAUCAGGAGCUUGCGCCCGGAGCUGCAGCUGCGCUGGCAGGAGUACCGGGAGCUGGUGCUGCUGCUGCUGCAGUGGGUCCGGCACCACACCGCCGCCUUCGAGGAGCGCAGGUGCCCCACCAGCUUUGAGGAGAUCGAGAUCCUGUGGUGCCAGUUCUUGAAGUUCAAGGAGACGGAGCUCCCCGCCAAGGAGGCGGACAAGAGCCGGUCCAAGGGCAUCUACCAGUCCCUGGAGGGGGCUGUGCAAGCCGGCCAGCUCAAGGUGCCCCCCGGCUACCACCCGCUGGACGUGGAGAAGGAGUGGGGCAAGCUGCACGUGGCCAUCCUGGAGCGGGAGAAGCAGCUCCGCAGCGAGUUUGAGAGACUGGAGUGUCUGCAGCGGGUCGUGAGCAAGCUGCAGAUGGACGCAGGGCUGUGCGAGGAGCAGCUGAACCAGGCCGACACCCUGCUGCAGGCGUCUUUCCAGGCCGCGCUGCAGACGCAGUGGAGCUGGAUGCUGCAGCUGUGCUGCUGCAUCGAGGCGCACCUGAAGGAGAACACCGCCUACUUCCAGUUCUUCUCAGACGUGCAGGAGGCGGAGCAGCAGCUGCAGAAGCUGCAGGAGACGCUGCGCCGGAAGUACACCUGCGACCGCACCGUCACCGUCACCCGCCUGGAGGACCUGCUGCAGGAUGCCCAGGAGGAGAAGGAGCAGCUGAACGAGUACAAGGGCCACCUGUCGGGCCUGGCCAAGAGGGCCAGAGCCAUCGUGCAGCUGAAGCCCCGCAGCCCAGCACACGCACCGCGGGGCCGCGUGCCGCUGCAGGCUGUGUGUGACUACAAGCAGGUGGAGAAAACGCAGGCUGAGGUGGAGGGCCUGGGCACCGGCGUGGCCCGGCUCUCUGCUGAGGCAGAGCAGAUCCUGGCCCUGCCUGAACCAUCACCCGCAGCGCCCACCCUGCGGUCAGAGCUGGAGGUGACCCUGGGCAAGCUGGAACAGGUCCGCAGCCUAUCGGCCAUCUACCUGGAGAAGCUGAAGACCAUCAGCCUGGUGAUCCGCAGCACGCAGGGGGCUGAGGACGUGCUCAAGGCCCACGAGGAGCAGCUGAAGGAGGCCCAGGCCGUGCCCUCUGCCCUCCCAGAGCUCGAGGCCACCAAGGCCACGCUGAAGAAGCUGCGGGCCCAGGCGGAGACGCAGCAGCCAGUGUUUGACGCCCUGCGGGACGAGCUGCGGGGCGCACAGGAGGUGGGUGAGCGGCUGCAGCAGCGGCACGGCGAGCGGGACGUGGAGCUGGAGCGCUGGCGGGAGCGGGCCGUCCAGCUGCUGGAGCGCUGGCAGGCGGCGCUGGCCCAGACGGACCUGCGGCAGCGAGAGCUGGAGCAGCUCGGCCGCCAGCUGCGCUACUACCGCGAGAGCGCCGACCCGCUGGGCGCCUGGAAGGUGGAGGAGUGCCAGAAGUUCGCCAAGCAGUACAUCAACGCCAUCAAGGACUACGAGCUCCAGCUGGUCACAUACAAGGCGCAGCUCGAGCCGGUGGCCUCCCCGGCAAAGAAGCCCAAGGUCCAGUCUGGCUCCGAGAGCGUCAUCCAGGAGUACGUGGACCUGCGUAUGCGCUACAGCGAGCUGACCACGCUCACGAGCCAGUACAUCAAGUUCAUCAGCGAGACUCUGCGGCGCAUGGAGGAGGAAGAGAGGCUGGCGGAGCAGCAGCGGGCAGAGGAGCGGGAGCGGCUGGCCGAGGUGGAGGCUGCGCUGGAGAAGCAGCGGCAGCUGGCGGAGGCGCACGCCCAGGCGAAGGCGCAGGCAGAGCGCGAGGCGCAGGAGCUGCAGCAGCGCAUGCAGGAGGAGGUGGCCCGGCGCGAGGAGGCCGCCGUGGACGCGGAGCAGCAGAGGCGCAGCGUCCAGGAGGAGCUGCAGCAGCUGCGGCAGAGCUCGGAGGCCGAGAUCCAGGCCAAGGCGCAGCAGGCCGAGGCGGCGGAGCGCAGCCGGCUGCGCAUCGAGGAGGAGAUCCGCGUGGUGCGCCUGCAGCUGGAGAGCACCGAGCGCCAGCGGGGCGGGGAGGCGGCGCGGCGCGCGCAGGCGGAGCAGGCGGCCCUGCGGCAGAAGCAGGCGGCCGACGCCGAGAUGGAGAAGCACAAGAAGUUCGCGGAGCAGACGCUGCGGCAGAAGGCCCAGGUGGAGCAGGAGCUGACCACGCUGCGCCUGCAGCUGGAGGAGACGGACCACCAGAAGAGCAUCCUGGACGAGGAGCUGCAGCGGCUCAAGGCCGAGGUGGGCGAGGCCGCGCGCCAGCGCGCCCAGGUGGAAGAGGAGCUGUUCUCCGUGCGCGUGCAGAUGGAGGAGCUGGGCAAGCUCAAGGCGCGCAUCGAGGCCGAGAACCGCACCCUCAUCCUGCGCGACAAGGACAGCACGCAGCGCUUCCUGCAGGAGGAGGCCGAGAAGAUGAAGCACGUGGCGGAGGAGGCCGCCAGGCUGAGCGUGGCCGCCCAGGAGGCGGCGCGGCUGCGGCAGCUGGCGGAGGAGGACCUGGCCCAGCAGCGGGCCCUGGCCGAGAAGAUGCUCAGGGAGAAGAUGCAGGCGGUGCAGGAGGCCACGCGGCUCAAGGCGGAGGCCGAGCUGCUGCAGCAGCAGAAGGACCUGGCGCAGGAGCAGGCCCGGCGGCUGCAGGAGGACAAAGAGCAGAUGGCCCAGCAGCUGGCGGAGGAGACGCAGGGCUUCCAGCGCACCCUGGAGGCCGAGCGGCAGCGGCAGCUGGAGAUGAGCGCCGAGGCGGAGCGGCUCAAGGUGCGCGUGGCCGAGAUGAGCCGGGCCCAGGCCCGGGCAGAGGAGGACGCCCAGCGCUUCCGGAAGCAGGCCGAGGAGAUCGGGGAGAAGCUGCACCGCACCGAGCUGGCCACUCAGGAGAAGGUGACCUUGGUGCAGACGCUGGAGAUCGAGCGGCAGCAGAGCGAUCUGGACGCCGAGCGCCUGCGGGGGGCCAUUGCGGAGCUGGAGCGCGAGAGGGAGAAGCUGAAGCAGGAGGCCAGGCUGCUGCAGCUCAAGUCCGAGGAGAGGCAGAUGGAGCAGCAGGAGCAGCUGCUGCAAGAGACGCAGGCGCUGCAGCAGAGCUUCCUGUCGGAGAAGGACAGUCUGCUCCAGCGGGAGCGCUUCAUCGAGCAGGAGAAGGCCAAGCUGGAGCAGCUCUUCCAGGACGAGGUGGCCAAGGCGCAGAAGCUGCGAGAGGAGCAGCAGCGGCAGCAGCGGCAGAUGGAGCAGGAGAAGCAGCAGCUGGUGGCCAGCAUGGAGGAGGCCCGCCGGCGGCAGCGGGAGGCCGAGGAGGGCGUGCGGCACAAGCAGGAGCAGCUGCAGCAGCUGGAGCAGCAGCGGCAGCAGCAGGAGCAGCUGCUGGCCGAGGAAAACCAGCGGCUGCGGGAGCGGCUGCAGCGCCUGGAGGAGCAGCACCGGGCCGCGCUGGCACAUUCCGAGGAGGUGGCGGCCACCCAGGCUGCGGCGGCCAGGGCCCUGCCCAACGGCCGAGACGCGCCCGACGGCCCCCGUGUGGAGCUGCAGCCCGAGCACGCCUUCGAGGGCCUGCGGCAGAAGGUGCCUGCCAGGCGGCUUCAGGAGGCCGGCGUCCUGGGUGCCGACGAGCUGCGGGGGCUGGAGGAGGGCCGCACCACGGUGGCCGAGCUGGCCCGGCGCGAGGACGUCUGCCGCUACCUGCAGGGCCACAGCAGCAUCGCCGGGCUGCUGCUGCAGCCGACCAACGAGAAGCUGAGCGUCUAUGCCGCCCUGCAGAGGCAGCUGCUGAGCCCGGGAACGGCCGUCAUCCUGCUGGAGGCCCAGGCGGCCUCGGGCUUCCUCCUGGACCCCGUGCACAACCGCAGGCUGACUGUCAACGAGGCCGUGAAGGAGGGCCUGGUGGGCCCCGAGCUGCACCACAAGCUGCUGUCGGCCGAGCGCGCCGUCACCGGCUACAAGGACCCCUACACCGGGGAGCAGAUCUCGCUCUUCCAGGCCAUGCAGAAGGGCCUGAUCGUGCGGGACCACGGCAUCCGGCUGCUGGAGGCCCAGAUCGCCACGGGCGGCGUCAUCGACCCCGUGCACAGCCACCGCCUGCCCGUGGACGAGGCCUACCGGCGCGGCCUCUUCGACGAGGCGCUGAGCCGCGUGCUGGCCGACCCGAGCGACGACACCAAGGGCUUCUUCGACCCCAACACGCACGAGAACCUCACCUACCUGCAGCUGCUGGGGCGCUGCGUGCCGGACCCCGAGACCGGCCUGCGCCUGCUGCCGCUCACAGAUCAGGCUGCCAAGGGCGGCGAGCUGGUGUAUACCGACGCGGAGGCCCGGGACGUGUUCAAGAAGGCCACGGUCUCCGCCCCAUUUGGCCAGUUCCAGGGCAGGACGGUGACCAUCUGGGAGCUCAUCAACUCCGAGUACUUCACAGCCGAGCAGCGGCGGGACCUGCUGCGGCAGUUCCGCACAGGCAAGGUCACCGUGGAGAAGAUCAUCAAGAUAGUCAUCACGGUGGUGGAGGAGCGCGAGCAGAAGAGCCAGCUGUGCUUCCAGGGCCUGCGCGCGCUGGUGCCCGCCGCCGAGCUGCUCGACAGCGGCGUCAUCGACCACGACCUCUACCGCCAGCUGCAGCAGGGCGAGCGCUCUGUGCAGGAGGUGGCUGAGGCGGAGGCCGUGCGCCGCGCCCUGCACGGCACCAGCGUCAUUGCGGGCGUGUGGCUGGAGGAGGCCGGCCAGAAACUGAGCGUCUACGAGGCCCUGAAGAAAGACCUGCUGCCGCCAGAGGUGGCUGUGGCCCUGCUGGAGGCGCAGGCUGGCACCGGCCACAUCGUCGACCCUGCCACCAGCGCCCGGCUGACCGUGGACGAGGCCGUCCGCGCCGGCCUGGUGGGGCCCGAGCUGCACGAGAAGCUGCUCUCCGCUGAGAAGGCCGUGACGGGCUACAGAGACCCGUACUCGGGGCAGAGCGUCUCUCUGUUCCAGGCCCUGAAGAAAGGCCUCAUCCCCAGGGAGCAGGGCCUGCGCCUGCUGGACGCUCAGCUGUCCACGGGGGGCGUCGUCGACCCCAGCAAGAGCCACCGCGUGCCUCUGGACGUCGCCUGCGCUCGGGGCUACCUGGACAGGGAGACCAGCGAGGCCCUGUCGGCGCCGAGGGACGAUGCCAAGACCUACUACGACCCCAGUGCGCAGGAGCCGGCCACCUACGCCCAGCUGCAGCGGCGGUGCCGCCCCGACCCGCUGACAGGGCUGAGCCUGCUGCCCGUCUCGGAGAAGGCCGCCCGGGCCCGGCAGCAGGAGCUCUACUCCGAGCUCCAGGCCCGGGAGGCCUUUCAGAAGGCCACGGUCGAAGUCCCCGUGGGCACCUUCCAGGGCCGGACGGUGAGCGUGUGGGAGCUCAUCAGCUCCGAGUACUUCACGGAGGAGCAGCGGCGGGAGCUGCUGCGGCAGUUCCGCACGGGCAAGGUCACCGUGGAGAAGGUCAUCAAGAUAGUCAUCACCAUCGUGGAGGAGGUGGAGACCACGCGCCGGGAGAAGCUCUCCUUCAGCGGCCUCCGGACCCCUGUGCCCGCCAGCGAGCUCCUGGCCGCGGGGGUCCUCAGCAGGACCCAGUUUGAGCAGCUCACGGACGGCAAGACGUCAGUCAGGGCCUUGUCGGAAGUGGAUUCGGUGCGGGCGCUUCUCCAGGGCACUGGCUGCCUGGCCGGCGUCUACCUGGAGGACUCCCAGGAGAAGGUGACGAUCUAUGAGGCCAUGCGGCGCGGCCUGCUGCGGCCCAGCACGGCCACCCUGCUGCUGGAGGCCCAGGCGGCCACCGGCUUCCUGGUGGACCCAGUGCGGAACCAGCGCCUGUACGUGCACGAGGCCGUCAAGGCCGGCGUGGUGGGCCCCGAGCUGCACGAGAAGCUGCUGUCGGCCGAGAAGGCCGUGACGGGCUACACGGACCCCUACACCGGGGAGCAGAUCUCGCUCUUCCAAGCCAUGCAGAAGGGCCUGAUCGUGCGGGAGCACGGCCUCCGGCUGCUGGAGGCCCAGGUCGCCACGGGCGGCGUCAUCGACCCCGUGCACAGCCACCGCCUGCCCGUGGACGAGGCCUGCCGGCGCGGCUACUUCGACCAGAAGCUGAAUGAGAUCCUCCGCGACCCCUCGGACGACACCAAGGGCUUCUUCGACCCCAACACGCACGAGAACCUCACCUACCUGCAGCUGCUGGGGCGCUGCGAGCCGGACCCCGAGACCGGCCUGCUCCUGCUGCCGCUCAGAGGGGCGGAGAAGGCCGAGGUGGUGGAGACCACGCAGAUGUACUCCGAGGAGGAGACCCGGCGGGCCUUCGAGGAGACGCAGAUCGACAUCCCCGGAGGCGCCGGUGGCGGCCAGGGCGGCACCAUGUCCCUGUGGGAGGUGAUGCAGUCGGACCUGAUCCCCGAGCAGCAGCGGGCCCAGCUGAUGGCCGACUUCCAGGCCGGCCGGGUGACCAAGGAGCGCAUGAUCAUCAUCAUCAUCGAGAUCAUCGAGAAGACCGAGGUCGUCCGGCAGCAGAACCUGUCCUCCUACGACUACGUGCGCCGCCGCCUGACGGCCGAGGACCUGUACGAAGCCCGCGUCAUCUCCCGCGAGACCUACAGCCUGCUCCGGGAAGGCACCAAGACCCUGCGCCAGGUGCUGGACGAGGAGUCCGCCUGGCGCUUCCUGUACGGCACGGGCUGCGUGGCCGGCGUCUACCUGCCCGGCUCCAGGCAGACGCUCACCGUCUACCAGGCCCUCAAGAAGGGGCUGCUCAAUGCCGAGGUGGCCCGUGUGCUGCUGGAGGCCCAGGCCGCCACGGGCUUCCUGCUGGACCCGGUGAAGGGGGAGCGGCUGACCGUGGACGAGGCUGUGCGGAAGGGCCUGGUGGGCCCCGAGCUGCACGACCGGCUGCUCUCCGCGGAGCGGGCGGUCACCGGCUACCGGGACCCCUACACGGAGCAGACCAUCUCGCUCUUCCAGGCCAUGAAGAAGGAGCUGAUUCCCGCCGAGGAGGCCCUGCGGCUGCUGGACGCCCAGCUGGCCACGGGCGGCGUCGUGGACCCACGCCUGGGCUUCCACCUUCCCCUGGAGGUCGCCUACCAGCGCGGCUACCUCAAUAAGGAGACGCACGAUCAGCUGUCGGAGCCCAGCGAGGUGCGCAGCUACGUGGACCCCUCCACAGACGAGCGCCUCAGCUACGCCCAGCUGCUCAAGCGGUGCCGCCGCGACGAGGGCAGCGGCCAGCUGCUCCUGCCGCUCUCAGACACCCGCAAGCUGACCUUCCGCGGCCUGCGCAAGCAGAUCACGGUGGAGGAGCUGGUGCGCUCCCAGGUCAUGGACGAGGCCACGGCGCUGCAGCUGCAGGAGGGGCUGACCUCCGUCGAGGAGGUGUCCAAGAGCCUGCAGCGGUUCCUCGAGGGCUCCAGCUGCAUCGCCGGCGUCUACGUUGACGCCACCAAGGAGCGGCUGUCGGUGUACCAGGCCAUGAAGAAGGGCAUCAUCCGGCCCGGAACCGCCUUCGAGCUGCUGGAGGCCCAGGCGGCCACCGGCUACGUCAUCGACCCCAUCAAGGGGCUCAAGCUGACGGUGGAGGAGGCCGUGCGCAUGGGCAUCGUGGGCCCCGAGUUCAAGGACAAGCUGCUGGCGGCCGAGCGUGCCGUCACCGGCUACAAGGACCCCUACUCCGGGAAGCUCAUCUCGCUCUUCCAGGCCAUGAAGAAGGGCCUGAUCCUCAAGGACCACGGCAUCCGGCUGCUGGAGGCCCAGAUCGCCACGGGCGGCGUCAUCGACCCCGAGGAGAGCCACCGCCUGCCCGUGGACGUGGCCUACAAGCGCGGCCUCUUCGACGAGGAGAUGAACGAGAUCCUCAGCGACCCCUCCGACGACACCAAGGGCUUCUUCGACCCCAACACGGAGGAGAACCUCACCUACCUGCAGCUGAUGGAGCGCUGCGUCACCGACCCCCAGACGGGGCUGUGCCUGCUGCCGCUGAAGGAGAAGAAGCGCGAGCGGAAGACGUCCUCCAAGUCCUCGGUGCGCAAGCGCCGCGUGGUGAUCGUGGACCCCGAGACGGGCCGGGAGAUGUCGGUGUACGAGGCCUACCGCAAGGGGCUCAUCGACCACCAGACCUACCUGGAGCUCUCGGAGCAGGAGUGCGAGUGGGAGGAGAUCACCACCUCGUCCUCGGACGGCGUGGUCAAGUCCAUGAUCAUCGACCGCCGCUCGGGCCGCCAGUACGACAUCGACGAGGCCAUCUCCAAGAGCCUCAUCGACCGCUCGGCGCUGGACCAGUACCGCGCCGGCACGCUCUCCAUCACCGAGUUCGCCGACAUGCUCUCCGGAAACGCCGGCGGCUUCCGCUCCCGCUCGUCCUCCGUGGGGUCCUCCUCCUCCUACCCCGCCAGCCCCGCCGUCUCCCGGGCCCAGCCGUCCUCCUGGUCGGACCCUACCGAGGAGACGGGCCCAGUGGCGGGCAUCCUGGACACGGAGACGCUGGAGAAGGUGUCCAUCACAGAGGCCAUGCACCGCAACCUGGUGGACAACAUCACCGGGCAGCGGCUGCUGGAGGCGCAGGCCUGCACCGGGGGCAUCAUCGACCCCGGCACCGGAGCGCGCUUCCCCGUGGCCGAGGCUGUCAGCAGGGGCCUGGUGGACAAGAUCAUGGUGGACCGCAUCAACCUGGCCCAGAAGGCCUUCUGCGGCUUCGAGGACCCUCGCACCAAGACCAAGAUGUCGGCUGCCCAGGCCCUGAAGAAGGGCUGGCUCUACUACGAGGCGGGCCAGCGCUUCCUGGAGGUGCAGUACCUGACGGGCGGGCUGAUCGAGCCCGACACGCCCGGCCGCGUGCCCCUGGACGAGGCCCUGCAGCGCGGCACUGUGGACGCCCGCACUGCCCAGAAGCUGCGCGACGUGGGCGGCCACUCCAAGUACCUCACCUGCCCCAAGACCAAGCUCAAGAUCUCCUACAAGGACGCGCUGGACCGCAGCAUGGUGGAGGAGGGCACGGGGCUGCGGCUGCUGGAGGCCGCCGCCCAGUCCAGCAAGGGCUACUACAGCCCCUACAGCAUCAGCGGCUCGGGCUCCACGGCCGGCUCCCGCGCCGGCUCCCGCACCGGCUCCCGCGCCGGCUCCCGCCGCGGCAGCUUCGACGCCACCGGCUCCGGCUUCUCCAUGACCUUCUCUUCCUCCUCCUACUCCUCCUCGGGCUACGGCCGCCGCUACGCCUCGGGGCCCGUGUCCUCCCUGGGGGGCCCCGAGUCCGCGGUCGCCUGACCCCUCGCCCGCCCCUCGCCCCUGCUCUGCAUGCGGCCAGGCUCCCGCCGGCCGUUGGGGUCUCUCUAACAGUUUAAGGUGUCUUCCUCCCAAGUGGUGCCUAAAGUUUUACCAAAAAGACCAGACUAGUACACGAACCCACCUAGUGUCCAGACAGCUCUUGGCUCGAGGGGCUGCCCCGCCCCGCCCGCCGUCGCCCCGCCCCCCUCGCCUGCCACUCGCCACAGCCAGGUGCCUUGGAGGGUCCAGAGCUGGGCCCCUCCCGUCUCCCCAGGGCGGGGGUUUGUCCCGGUGAGGUCCGCAGCCUGCAGGCUGCCCCGCCAGACCGCCUUGCUCCCCUCAGGCCCUCACCGGUGCCCUGCGUCCGGCCAGCCUGCUCGCCCAGCGGUCCUGCCUGGGCCCUCCCCUCCAGCCUGCCCAGAGAAGCCCCUUCCCCAUGGGAAGAGGAGGGUCCGGUCGGCCGCGCCAGCUGGCCCGGCCAGCCCCCGCCUGCCCCCGCGCCAUGCCUGCAGGCUGUGCUCGCUGCAUUUCGCUCGCGCCCCGCGCCCCAGGCCUCUGGCUCCAGCCUUCUCGCCUCAGCUCCCUCCUAAGUGCCUUCUGUGUCCUCCCUCACGCCCAGGCCCCGGCUCUGGGGGAGAAGGCUCGCCCCGCCCAGCUCUCCGGCUGUUCUCUCCUGGCCCUGGGCCCUGGGCCCAGCCUGUGGAGCCCUCCCGGGGCAGCCCGCUCCGGGGGCGUCUCCUGGUCUUUCCAGGGAGCCCAGCCCUUCCACGCGGCCCCAGGCUGGGCUGUCUGCUGACCUGGGCCCGCCAGCACCGCCCCGUCCCGCUCCAGCGGCCCCUGGCCCGGGGCCUCCCGCUGCCUCCAUGCUGCCUCCACCCCGUGACCGAGCUUUGCAUGUCCCACUGCCCCGCCAGUGGGGCGGAGCCCCGGGCUCCCCGCCGCCUCCGUGAGGGCAGAACACUAACCCGACCAGGGCGGGCCUGCAGCGCUCGCCCCAAUAAAAGCAAUUCCAAACUC